AUGGCUUUUGUGAGAAGUCUAUUGGCUGCAAAAAAGAUUAUCGGUCGGUCAGUAACAGCGGCAUCCGAAACAAGCAAAAGGGCAGCCACGGCGGCGCCAAAAGGGUUUCUUGCGGUGUACGUAGGAGAGAGCCAGAAGAAGAGAUAUUUGGUGCCAGUCUCAUACUUGAGCCAGCCUUCUUUUCAAGCUCUUCUCAGUAAAUCCGAGGAAGAGUUUGGGUUCGAUCAUCCAAUGGGUGGCUUAACAAUCCCUUGUCCUGAAGAUACUUUCAUCAAUGUGACUUCUCGGCUCCAAUGA